UUUUGACUAAUUUUUAAAGCACGCCUGAAUCUGUAUAUCAGCGAUCAUCUUUUGACUGGCAUUUGAAGAAUCAGUUGAUUGUGGUUGUGGUAUAAGUUGUCAUAUCACUGUCCUAAAAAUUGGCAUGCUAUUUGAUAUUCCUGUUCCUCAUUGAUUUUUAUCUAUUCUAAAGCAUCUUCCACUCGGUCACACUGAGAUGAAAUCAUCAGUCGAGGUAAAUAUUUAAUUGGUUGGAUCAAAAGAGUUUGCAUUAUUUUUUCUUUAGUUAGUAUUUCAACAAAAGAAAAAAAUAAAACUGUCGGAUCUAAUGUCUCUGGUUUGGAUAAUGUAUUCAGGCAUCAGGCAUACACAAAGCACGGCUUCCGGUUCGUCGUCAUUGUCCAAUUAGUUCUGUAUUCCCAUGCCGUCACUCGACCGUACAGAGAAAGGUCCGCUGCGAUCUCGGGUAAGGGUUAUUAUAUAUGGCGUACCGAGUCACCCUUGGAAAUUUUCAGGGUGACAUGGUCGCUCACGUGCUUGACGCAGUGAAAUCCACAUGAACGGCCGGGACCCACACCGGAGAGAGAGAGAGAGAAAAAAGCUUUUUCAUCGAGGGAGUAGAUUUAAUCGAAAGCAACUCCCCGAUCAAACAGGGUGCUCUAUUUUGGGGGCCUUAGAAAGCUUUCCCAGGAGCUUUCUACCGGACAAAGAUCUGAUGAUCCUGGCUGCUUUAUACACAAAUCGAAACUGCCGCAGCAAGCUCGGGCAUAUUGUCUUGCUUUUGGGUCAAGUCAUUCGAUCCUUGCACCAGUUUUUAGCUUCGGAUCCAUGGUGGAGUCAGGUCGUCGCUCUUCUCAAGUCCCAUAUCAAAUUGGGCCCCCCACCCCCAUCGCCAUGCACAAGCAUCGCCCCGAUCUCCUUUUGUAGGAGAUGCCAACCCUACCUUGAGCGUCGAUGUCAUCCCGCUUUCCUCAGAUAAAGCAGUUGGUCGUCGUGCUCUUUAGCCAGCGUUCACGGCAAAUGCACAACGGCAGCUGCCCUCCUCCCUUCCUCCAAGUGCUUGGCCCGGCAGCUCCCAGUGCACCGCCCUAUCUCGCUUGCCAUGGAGGCCACUCCACCAACGGCGAGGCUGUGAUGUUUCUCCUCCAUGUCUUUACCUUUCUCAGCUUCCUCCUCACUGUCCUCCAUCUCGUUUCCUUCCUCCUCACCAAGCUGUUCACGUUUCUCCUUGAAAGAGCAGCCGCGACCGAGGAACAGAUCAGGGAUUCACAUCUCAUCUAUCGAGAUGAGAUCCUGCCCGUAGACGAUGACAGCUACUCCGGCAUCGGAGACUUCGCUGCCGGCAUCUUCAGCAGAGAAGACAGUCUCCUCUUUUUCUACAACCAAAGGGUGGUCAACGAUACUCUACUUGUCGAACAAGAAAAGUGUUCCAAUCAGCAACAGAACCUCUUGGAAGUUGAUGAAAGCUUUGUCGCGGAAUCUUGGUACGGUUCCCCUCUCGAUCAUCCUGAGCAGCUCGGAGUUGAUGUACCGGCGGACGAUGUCACAGAACCAUCGGAUGUUGCGUAUCCAAUCACAUAUGAUGGGACUGACAGAGAUGAAGAUGUUCACGGAGACGCAUACCAGAAUAAUAAGAACGAGGAGGAGGAGGAGGAGGAGGAGUUCUCGAGCAAAGAGUUACGGCUGGAAGAAGACAAGGAAUCGUCGGGUGGUUCUCUCACAGGUACUGACUUUUCAUCCAAGAGCUCUACGGGGUGGAGAAACGUUGCGCUCUUCAGGGAUUCGGAGACGGAGUGUCUCUUCUCCUCUUCCUCACAGAGAAGCUCUUCCCACUGGGAAACCUAUACGUCGUUCCGAAGGUACGAUGAGGAGAGACUGUUGUUCGACAGAUUCAGUGCACAAAAACUCACGGAAACAGAAUCAUUUAGGUCCAUAAGGUUCCAACCACGAUCGAUGUCGGAAAGGUUAGUUCACAGGCUUACCACACCGAAGAAGGAGGAGGGAGGCAGAGACCCAUAUCAAGAAUUGGAGGCAGCUUAUGUAUCUCAGAUUUGCUUGGCAUGGGAAGCUCUAAACUGGAAUUACAACAACAUCCGGCAAAGGAGUGCCACCGGAGACGGUGAGCGCGCCUCUUGCACUGUAUGCGUAGCUCAGCAAUUCCAACAGUUUCAGGUCCUCUUGCAGCGGUUCAUAGAAAAUGAGCCCUGCGAGCGUGGUCGGAGGCCCGAAGUGUUUGCUCGGACGAGGAUUUCCGCUCCCAAAUUGCUCCAAGUUCCUGAGUUCCGUGAAGCUGAUGAAGGUAAAGAAGACGUGAUUUCGUCCACCGAGUUUUUGGCGAUUCUGGUGGAUGCGAUUCGAACCUUCCUGAGCUUCCUUCAGGCAGACAAGGAGAAUCCUUGCCAAAUGCUUAGAGCAUUCAUCAAGAGGAAAUCAAGCUCCGUGAAUUCUACUCUUCUUCAUGUGCUCAGAAGGGCUAAUAAGAAAAAGAAGAUGAGGCUCAAGGAUAUAAUGAAGCGAAGGAGGUGCCUGGAAAGGAAGAGGCCGAAUGGAGACGAAGAGACCGAUGUAUUGAUGGGCUUAAUAGACAUGAAGAUCGUGUCCAGGAUUCUGAGGAUGCCUGAGAUUAGCCAAGAGCAGUUGCGGUGGUGCGAGAAGGAGCUGACCAGAGUAAGAAUAUGGGAUGGAAAGGUCCUGAGAGAUUCCUCCCCGUUGCCUUUCCCUGUUCACUGACUUGGACGUUAGUGUUGUAUAGUCUACUGUGCUUUAGGCUAGACGACGCCCAUCAGAACAUUCCACCUGACCUCUGUCACUGUAAAGAUAGAUCGAGAGAGAUGACAGUUCUGCAUCAGACAUGCGUAGAAUAAGGCGAUAAGUUUAGCAUCUCUUCAACACCAAAGUCCAGUGAAUAAAAGUGAAAGUGAGGGUGGAAAGAUAAAGAGUAGGGAUAGAAACAACCACAACUUCAGCUUUCUUUUGCUUUACGUGCUUAAAGUCUAGUGUUGGUA